UUAUGUCCUUAUCGGGUUAGCAGCACCUAACGUUGCAGAUCCUUCGCAUACUCCAAGCGUUCACAGAUCAUAUGGACGUGGCGAAUGCCCCAGUCACAUACUAUAUUACGCUCAGCACGCGUGCGAGAACGUCUAAGGCUGCCUUGUAUAUGACCCUUACCCUCGUUUGCGACGCUCUUCUGGUAUGUUGGAUGCGGGAUGAGGUGUCUUCGGCUCACACGAGUUGCACUAAGGUAUAUCGAGUAUUUGUGGUAUGCGAUCGCAAGUACCCCAUAAUAGUCGUCCCUUGUAUACUACUGUUGGCCGCCAUAGGUACGUUCUCCUAAACAGAGAAUAUUAUUUGCCCGUUGAAACGGUAACAGCACUGUUCGCUUGGUAUAUAUGGUCUCUUUCACAGAUUAUUUCGUUGCAGUCUGUCGAGGGUGCGGUUACGCGAAUUAAUUUGUUUUGUGCCGCUACUCUGGCACUGAAUGUGUUGUGUACAGGUGAGUAGUCUGAGCCGCGUAUCUCUAACUCUUAUAGCUAUUUUUGCUAGUCAUGAUCUCAUGGAAAAUUUGGGCCGUUCACAAGAAGCUACCAGGGCCUGUUGUGGCAGGAAUCCGAAUCAUGGGCAUUAUUACCGUUGUCAUAGAGUCGGGUGCGCCCACA